AUGUGGAUCAGGAAUAUUGUAUUGUUACUGGAAAGUAUGCACUGGCCAUCAUGGUUGCAGCCAUAUGUCGAAGUCUUAUUGUUAUGGAUUUCUUGGGCAGUCGAUUACGUUGACUGGGAUUAUCUAGAGUACUUAGCCUGGCUAUUCCUGCCACUGUUAAUCGCUUUCAUUCUGCCUGUCCUUCUUCUGCUUUUCAUCUAUGGUUGUGUCAUUUUCCUUCACAUUUACGGCCUGCGAAAUCGUAUUCGAGAAGCUUACGCCAGUAGUCUGUGGGAUGGUGCACGCAUCAGCAUUGCGUCUUUCUGGGAUGCAGUGGGGCAUGUCUGGCAUGGUUAUGAAAUCAGAGGUUUGGAAAAUGUGCCAGACGAGGGUCCCGCGCUUUUCGUUUAUUACCAUGGUACUUUGCCACUUGAUGUGUACUACGUCAUUGCAAAAUGUAUGCUGCAUAAGCGACGAACGCUGCAUUGUGUUGGCGAUAAAUUCAUCUUCAAAAUGCCAGGAUGGGGUCUGAUUUGUAAGGUGUUCUGCAUAACACCUGGUACUGUUGAAGACUGUAUAGCUCGGCUGAGAGAUGGUCAUUUGCUCUGUAUUGCUCCCGGUGGUGUUCGCGAGGCCUUAUUCUCUGAUCCUGCCCAUUACAACAUUAUGUGGGCCCGUCGUUUGGGAUUUGCAAAAGUUAUCCUCGGUUGCCCGGGAACACCGGUUAUUCCCAUGUUUACCGAAAAUUGUCGAGAUGCUUUUCGCAUACCUCAUUGUGGACGAAAGGUAUUUCGAUGGAUUUAUGAAAAAACGCGAUUGCCGCUUUGUCCUGUUUAUGGUGGAUUUCCGGUUAAAAUGAUGUUUGUCCUUAUGAAUGUUGUUAGACUCUGA